AUGAAAGAUCCUGAAUCCGAAUUGUCGAAGUUGCGGAUAUCACCACAAAGGAUGCAGCUGCAUAUCCAUCUAUGUGAACCGCGACUGAGAGCCUCGGCAGGGUGCAAGUUCAAAAAUCCAUUCAUCGCCCCAGCUAUCGAGCUAGUUGAAGAGCUGCCAAGGUUCAAAAAUCCAUUCAUUGCUCCAGCUAUCGAGCUAGUUGAAGAGUUGCCAAGAUUACGAGCUAAUUUGGACAUGACGUUGCGCGAUAGCCCCAUUGCUGUGCUUGAUGGUGGUCCUCCCGGAGUUGAUCUGAAGCUGCAUAAUUCUGAUGAGCUUCAUCAGUUACCCAUCUCGCAAAUGGGUAACUACGAGGAGUACAUCAAAGGUCUCGCAGCAGUGGGUAAAGGCCCGCUUCGGCCCGUGGAACCGACGCCUGUGCGAACCCAUGCCUUCGGAAACCCAUUCAAGACUGACAAGAAGACAGUGGGUAAAGGCCCGCUUCGGCCCGUGGAGCCAACGCCUGUGCGAACCCACGCCUUCGGGAACCCAUUCAAGACUGACAAGAAGAGUCUAGCUAUAGAUGAGGUCGGUGAAGGCAUGGUAGGAGCUAAUGCAGCGGUACCAACGGCUAAAGAAACUCGCCGAGAACGUAAAGCUGAUGGCAUAGGUCGACCUCCUAAGCGGAAACCUGGGCCAGUUGCGCCAAACUGCCUGCAGCAGUGGAGGUUUGGAGAGAAUAUCUUGAAUAUCAUCCUUUUGGUUUUGAUGAUUUUUGUGGUAUUUCAUAAUUUUCUAGAGAAAGACGGAGAACAAUGAGC